AUGUCAAAUAAUAAUAAUAAUAAUAAUAAUAAUAAUAAUAAUAAUAAUAAUAAUAAUAAUAAUAAUAAUAAUAAUAUUAUAGUAUUAUCACCAUUUAAAAAUUAUACAACCAAGAAAUACCCAAGUGAAAGAUCAUCAAUCACACCAAAAUGGGAUUCAUUUGUACCAAUUCAUCGAUUAGAUGAAUCAUUGCAUCUUGGUAGAGUUAUAGUUACACGUGCUAGAAUACAAUCAACAAGAUCAUUGGGUAAAUUGACACUCAGUAUACUUAGAGAUCCAUCAUCACCAAUCUAUUCAACCAUUCAAUCUCAACUACUCAAUCAAACAAAAGCAUUCAAUAUAUAUAAAGAUCAUAUUGCUGCUAGUGGUAGUGGUCCUAUUGAAACAACAACAAACGAAUUAUAUCUUCCAUUGGGACCAACACCAAUACACAAUGAAUAUUCAACAAAGUUAUUUACUUUUGUAUUCAAGAAUCGGUAUUUACUUAAAGAGAUAUUAGAUUGUAUUGCUAAAUCAUCAAAUUGUUAUAUUGAUCAACAGACAUUAAAGAUUUGGUCAAAAUUACUACCAGAGUCAUUGGUAGAGAUACAAGCUAUGGUAGAGGCUAGUCCACCAGGUGGUCAUCUUCGUAUCAAUCCUCUAACAAACCGAUCGUUGGAGCUUAAAGUCAUUGCAUUCAAAGUGGUUUCUCAACCAACCAACCCGAGUGUUUACCGAAAUCACAAUUCAAUCGCUAUUUCCUAUCCUCCCCUUGACCAUGACAAUGGAUAUAGACAUAUUCUUCAUCGAGACGAGAAACUAUAUGAUAAUAGUGGAGGAGCAGUUGUAGUAGUAAAAGAUAAUAAUAAUAAUAAUAAUAAUAAUAAUAAUAAUAAUGAUACAGACCAAAAAAAUCAAAAAGACAAGAAUGUAUUUUGGUAUCCAAUGGUACCAGCUUCAUCUUUGUAUCCAGUGGCAGAAACAUUUUGUAAUCGAUUACCAUUACAUCAGGCAACGGUUAGAUUAAAAGCAUCGUUGGAAUCGUUUGUCUACCAGUACCUCGUAAAAGACUCGUUUAUGGAGGUUCAUUCACCUACAUUGACAACGGUUGCCUGUUACACCCAUUAUCCUGGUCAUCCAACCGAACAUUACACGGCAGAUGCUGGAUACAAUCUUGCGUAUUCAAUUGAUCCGUCGGUAUACCAUAUCAUGUUGGUUGGUAUCUUUGACAAGGUAUUCGAGGUGGUGCAGCAAUCGACCAUCACCACUACAUGGGGAGUUUCAAGAAAACUAUGCAACUCUACCAAAAUAUUCGUUUCAACGAGUACUCUGUACAACGACAUGUCAGAGAUUCUAGAUAGUUGUAAAAGAUUGGUGAUAGAGUGUCUAAACCAUAUCGAGAAAUCACCGUUUUGGGCUGAAAAGGCGUGCAUCAACUUUGGAGGAUCAACAGACUACGCACCCUUUAGUGGAAAUGGGUGUCUAUUAAAGGAUGGCACUAUUUUAACAUUGAAUCCACAUCAAAUAGCAAAAUUGUUGCAAGAAGAUGAUGUGAUGAAAAUGUUUGCAAGUCCUAAUCAAAUCUCGUCGGCAGUGAGAGAGAGAUUUGGUGUCAAUAUGGUCGUCAUUCAAAACGAGAUCAUCCAAUCUGAUCAAGGUAUCCCAACAUCUGAUAGUUUGGCUAUGAUCGAUCCCGUCACUGGAGAAGCUCAACUCUUUUGGGUGCUUUUAAAUGGAUGGCUAGUUGCAAGUGGAUCACAAAGAUUAAACGACCCAAUCGAAAUUGAAAAAAGAUUGAAAAGUAGGAUCAAUAGAGAACAGGUACCCUUGGAUCCAUCAAUCCUCAAUCAACUGUCCUAUGGAAAUCCCUACAAUGGAGGGUUUAGCUUAAACUAUGAUCUCCUCGUAGCUGCUUGUUCUCCACUUCAAGAUUUUGGAAGAUUAUUAUUUAAUCCAAAUAUGAAUUAUGAUAGACGUUAUAAAGAUCAUUAUUAA